GCCCACACACACGCCCACACCAUGCAGGGCCGUUUUCCCGGCCGCCGGGCCUGAACCAUCCCACCAACCCCCUUGCCUCCUACAUACCAUCUCGACCAGAAAACUUACAUGGACGCUCUUCCGCUAGCCACCAGGCGCUUCGCUCGAUGCUUGUAAAGGGCGUUGACUGGGUUUCAGCCUGAUCGCUCACGUGAAGGCGCGCUACACCCCUCCUGGCGCGCACGCCUCUGGUGAUUGCGCACCUCCAAAGGCCUAAAGCAAAGAGCCAUAGUUGUGUAGACUGGACCGGGUGCUAUUAACUUCCCGUCCUGUUUUUUCUUAUUCGCCUCCACAUCAUCUGCUUGCACUAGACCCCAUCGCCCGUCAAUGUCCUAUCGCGGAAGGCCCAGCAAGGGUUGCGAGGCUUGUCGAGCCCGUAAGGUCAAGUGCGACGAGGCCAGGCCGGCUUGCAGUCGAUGCACAAAGGCUAGCCACGAGUGCAAGUAUCGCGAUCAAGCCGAUAUCCUCUUUCGGAACCAGACUGCUUCGGCAGCACAGAGAGCCGAGGAAUCAUGGCGGAAGAGAUCUAAAUCCCACCAGCGUCCAACCACGGCAGAAACAAACACCGCUGCCUAUGUCAAGACGCCUCCAAGCGAUGCAUCUACUCCGCCCACGCUCGACGACACACGCUCCUCGAGUGGGAGUGUGCACUCGCCCAGCGGGUCCACCGAUGACGCUACCCAGGAUGCAUCCAACAUUUCACUGGCUACUAUUGACCUAAGCAAAAUGACCAUUACGCCGGCACCCAAUCCCGAUUUCCGCCGCAAGGCAUUUGAGCGAUUCGUCUAUGACUUUGUUCUGCCCGACUCGCCCACCAUGCCAAAGGACGAGCCCUCAGACGCCUUGUGGACUUUUAUUCCCGUGCUGUACCAGGGUGCCUCGGAGGACUCGUUGAUAGCUACUACUGUUGAUGCUGUUGCAUAUGUCAACUAUGCGAAUAGAUGCAAGGAUGCCCAUGCCGCUGCAUUAGGCGAGGAGUGCGUUGCUAAAGCCAUUCCCAUGCUAACCAAGGUGAUUGCGGAUAAGAGGCGAUCGGCUACGAAUGAAGCAUUGUGCUCAGUCUAUCUUAUGGGGGUUUAUGAGAACCUCACCAAUGUGCAGCGAAAAGGCACGUUUAUUGCCCAUCACCAUGGUGCUACUGCGUUGCUCCAGCUGCGAACUGUCGAGCAAUACUACAGUGACCCGAUUUCCGCUAGAUUGUAUGAAGUAGCCUAUGCACAAAUGUUACUCGGCAACCUACAGUCAGCAAAGCGCCCACCCAUUCCUAAAAAAGACGUAAUCAAGGUGGAGGGGUACCUUCCCAGUCUUUACAGCAAUUCUCACGUGUUUGUCAUCCGUCUGAUCUGGAGAGAAGCCAUGUUGCACGCAAAGUGGCAUGAGAUUAAGCAAAGCGCGAACCCACCCACUAGUCGCUUAGCUAUGCUAGAGAUUUUCCAGACCGCUGUCGAACUAGAUGGCGCGUUUCAAGCCUGGGAAUCGCCCCUCACGCCGGCCUGGGAUUACCACAUGGCACCGAAUACAGCAGAAGCUAGGACAGCUUAUGAUGAAAAAUGGCGGAAUCUCUUCCUAUCAAGUCGAGGUGCGCCGCCAGAGAUUCAUGCAUACCAAAGCCUGAAGAGGUGCUGGAUCUGGGGCUUUUUUCGAACCAGUCGAAUAUUUCUCCUUCGUGACCUUCUUGAGAUGCUUAAUUGGUUGUUGCGAUUCCCAGAGCCGGCCUUGCCUUAUCCUUCUAUGGCCGAGAGCGGUUCUACAACUACUAAUGGGCAGUCCGUUCCUGUUUCACUCAGUACCAGGAGUCUGCGUAUGCAACAAUCGAUCACUACUACCCACUUGGUUGAGGUCAUUGACAAAAAUUGCUCAGCAUUGUUCGGUAGCUUUACAGUCCCUAUACAUCUCAAAUCAUACAAUGACGUUGUUGGGAUGAGAGGUUAUGUUUGUUUGUGGCCACUGGGUAUCAUGGACGCUGCUCUAAGCUCGGGUCUUGUUCCUGAUGUUAACGGGCCAGGAAGCCAACAACCAUCGCCAGCAACCCACUUUCCGACGUUUCAGACGUCGCCAAACAGCGACUCUUUCCAAUCAAACCCAGGUUCGGAAUUCAAAAACGCCUACGCAUUGGCACCGCAAUUCUCGGAGCUCGCCAACAUCGUACCGAAACUGGAGGCAACGAGUGCAAGCAACAGUCCAGUGAACAGCACACCAGUGUAUGACCACAUGGCGAAGAAGAACCACAUUUUCGACUCCAACCCAGCGCAUCCUUAUGACAGUCCAGUACAUCUUCCGGUGGACUUCGACAUCCCCGAACCAAAAAAGAUGGACGUUGCAUCAAGACGUGAGUGGGUUAACCGCCUCUUGUACUAUUUGGGGACGGAGCUGGGACUCAAGAAGGCGCUAUAUGUGCCGCUUACUGAGGGAUACUUGCCGAUUGUGAAGCCUAGCGUUGAUCAUCUUCUGGGUCGGUGAUGAUGAUUGGGUUAGAGAAUGGUGGCAUGAAGGAUAUUUUGUUGUUUACAACGCAUGAAGAUUCGGAGCAUGAAGUAACAAAGCAUCAUGCGGGAGUUUGGUUGGGUUUUUGCAUGUGUGAGGGCGAAUUUUCUCGCGUUAUCUAUUAAGCAACAUAUAAAUGUUUUACUUUUCUUGUUGGGUGUAUUUGAUGGAGAGGAGGGGAGAGGAUAUACCGGUUGUAUAUAAGCAAGGUUGGAAGUUGUUGGCGGUAAGGUAAUAGGAAGUUGAGAUGGGAGAAGUGGUAUAUAUAUGGAAAGAUAAGGACCAGGAAGAUGGUGUAGCAACAGGCUUUCUAGAUAGAUAUCAUCAGGUAUUGAAUGUAAUCUAG